AUCCUAACAAAAGAUAGAAAACUCUUCGAAUCUGCCCUGCUCCUCUAAACCCUAACUCAAAAACUUAUCGUAGCAGGAGCAGAUCAACAUUAGCAAAGAUGAGACCAAUUUUGAUGAAAGGGCACGAAAGGCCCUUAACAUUUUUGAAGUAUAACAGAGAAGGGGAUCUCUUGUUCUCCUGCGCCAAGGACCACACUCCCACCGUUUGGUUCGCCGACAACGGCGAGCGUUUGGGUACUUACCGCGGUCACAAUGGCGCCGUUUGGUGCUGCGAUGUCUCAAGAGAUUCAAUGCGCUUAAUAACUGGGAGUGCGGACCAGACAGCCAAGCUCUGGAAUGUUCAAACAGGGACUCAAUUGUACUCUUUCAACUUUGAUUCGCCUGCUAGAGCUGUGGAUUUUUCAGUUGGCGAUAAACUUGCUGUUAUUACCACUGAUCCAUUUAUGGAAUUACCUUCUGCUAUUCAUGUAAAACGCAUUGCAAGAGAUCCUGCUGACCAGACUGGCGAAUCUGUACUGAUUCUCAAGGGUCCCCAGGGAAGAAUUAACAGAGCUGUUUGGGGACCUUUGAACAGGACCAUUAUAAGUGCUGGAGAGGAUGCUGUAAUUCGCAUAUGGGAUUCUGAGACUGGAAAGCUUUUGAAAGAGUCAGAUAAAGAAGUUGGGCAUAAGAAGACGAUAACAUCACUUACAAAAUCUUCUGAUGGUUCACACUUUGUUACUGGUUCUCUAGAUAAAUCUGCAAAGCUAUGGGACAUCAGAACGUUGACUCUUAUCAAGACCUAUGUGACAGAACGUCCAGUCAAUGCUGUUACUAUGUCUCCACUUCUUGAUCAUGUUGUGCUUGGAGGUGGUCAGGAUGCUUCAGCUGUGACUACCACUGAUCACCGUGCUGGGAAAUUCGAAGCCAAAUUCUAUGACAAGAUUCUUCAAGAAGAAAUUGGAGGCGUGAAAGGUCAUUUUGGACCUAUAAAUGCUUUGGCUUUCAACCCUGAUGGGAAAAGCUUCUCAAGCGGAGGUGAAGAUGGGUACGUGAGGUUACAUCAUUUCGAUCCAGAUUACUUCAACAUUAAGAUUUAAAUUUGGCAGACAUGUGUAUUAGAUAACUAUGUAUCAGAAGGAGGAAAAGAAUCAACUUUGGAGAGAGAUGGAAAGGGAUUUUGGUUUUUGUAUGUUGAAGGAGCUUAGUGUGACAAAAUACUUUGUAACACCAAUUGUUUAGAGAGUCCUUAUUUUAGUACAAUACUUAGAUAAUGAAGCUAAUUGUUUUUUUAAUUUUUUAGACCGAGUAUAUUUGAAUCUACAACUUUAUUAGAAAUGAAUAAUCUCUUGUUAUAAAAAAAUUUUCUUAUAUUUUACAAAA